AUGCCCAAAACAAACCUGACUCUCGACGCCGAACAGGCGGCUUUCGACCAGGAAGUCGCCGACAUCAAGGCAUGGUGGGAGUCGACCCCCAAGCAACGCCAGCUGAAGCGUCCAUACCCGGCCGAGCGGAUUGCCGCCCUUCGCAGCUCCAUCAAGCAGAAAUAUCCGUCGAGCGACAUGGCGCUGAAGCUGUGGGCGCAGAUGAGCGAGCACGAGAAGAAUGGAACUGCCGAGCUGACGUUCGGUACCACUGAUCCCAUCCAAGCGGGCGUCAUGGCGAGGCACCAGCAGACCAUCUACGUCUCGGGCGCCUUGUGCGGAUACUCGCGAGUCAGCCAGCCGGGCAUGGACCACGCGGAUUACCCGUGGGACACGGUUCCUGGAGUGGUCAACCAGAUCUUCCGCUCUCAGCAAUGGCAGGAUCAGCGCCAGCGACAGUUUCGCUUCCUGUAUCCCAAGGCCGAGCGGAAAGGGCUGGAACACUGGGAUUUCCUGACCCCGAUUGUGGCCGAUGGGGACAUGGGCUUCGGCGGUCUCACCCAUACCAUGAAGAUGACGCGGGCGUUUGUCGAGGCCGGUGUGGCCAUGUUCCAUCUGGACGAUUUGGCCAUUGGUACCAAGAAAUUCACCAUUGGCGAGGGACGAACCGUCAUUCCCACCAGCGAGUAUCUGUCACGCCUGACGGCGGCACGCAUGCAGAUCGACAUCAUGGGCGCUGAGACGAUCCUCAUGUGCCGGUGCGACACCGACCACGCCGGCUACAUCACGUCGGUGAUCGACCCGCGCGACCACGCAUAUGUGCUGGGAGCGACCAAGCCGGUCGAGCCACUGACCACGGUUCUGGCUCGAGCUCUCGCCAGCGGGGCCGACUACCUCGCGGCGCAAAAGGAGUGGAUUGCCUCAGCAGAGCUGAAGACGUUUGACGGCGCCGUUGCGGCGGUUGGGACGUCAUCGCCGGACGGCGUGGCCGCAUACCAAGCGGCGAUCAAGCAGGCCGGAUCGUCCACCCUCUCGCUCAGCGACCGACGCGCGCUGGCGGCCAAGCACCUCCCGGAAGAGGUGUACGCUCAGCUCUUUUUCGACUGGGACCUGUCGCGCACGCCUGAGGGGGCGUACCGGUUCGCGCCCAAUGUCGACGCCGUCAUCUCGCGCGCCCUGCUGGCGGCGCGCCUGGGCGAAGUCACCUGGGCACGCAUGGACUAUCCCGACCCGUCGGACAUCGACGUCUUCCACAAGGCGGUGCGCGCCGUGCACCCGGACCGCAAGUUCGGCUUCGGCUACACCGGCGGCUUCGACUGGCUCAAGGCCGGCUGGACCGCCGAAGAGGUCAAGGAGUUCCCGUGGGCCGCGUGCAAGAAGUACGGCAUUGUCUGGCACGUCCAGCCCAUCUGGGCGCUGCAGGGCUUCCGCCGCGCCGUCCAGGACUUCUCGUACCUGUGGCAGAAGGGCGGCAUUGCCUCGUACAUGAACGAAGUCCAGGCCAAGGAGCUCAACACCACCUAUCCUGGCCUGAUUGCCCGCCCCGUGCCGGACGAGCAGGACGAGGUUGAUGCCGACGACGGAGCCGAAGCCGAUGGUUACGCCCGCUUCCGCUUCUCCGGUGCUUAUCUGGCAGAUGCCCUGCUGGAGACCGCCACCAUGGGCGUCGAGGGCGAUCAGAAGGGCUUGCUGAUGGGCCAGGGGGUGGUCAGGGGGGGGGGGUUGAUUAGAUUGGGUUAG